ACAAUUAGGAAAAAAAAAAGAAUUUAAUUCUUAUCUACCUUAUUUUUAUUUGGAAUAAUUUUUUAUUUAGUAACUGAAUGAUAGUUUGUUUAGAGAUGGAAAAUUUUCCAGUUUUGAAAUUCCAUGUGAUAAUUUUGAUGCGGGUGGGUCUUAGGGUCAUAGCUGUUACUUAUAAAUAGUAAUAAAAAAAAUAUUUUUAUAUAUAUGAAUCUUUUAUUUUUUUAAAUUAGCAUAAAUGUGAAUGUGAAAAGGGGUAAUGGGAGGGUCUAAUGUCGACGUCUGCCUUUCCAUAUCCAUCUCUCUCAGAGCAAUGUAUGGCGUAAAACUUGGGAUUUGGGCUUGCAACUCAGCUUUUGCAUCUUUCUCAAGUUAGAUUGUCUUUGGGAGUGGAUUCUAAGCAAAGACUGGUUUUACAUUAACUGAAAGAAGAAUCCCUCAUUUCUUCCUCACCCAACAGUUCAAACAAACAAAACAAAAUAUGGGUUAAACCAAGGAUUGGAUUGUUGGAGUUGAAGAUGGACAGGAGGAGUUGGCUAUGGAGAAGAAAGUCUACAGAGAAGAGUCCAGGUGAAACUGAUAGUUCAGGAGGUUCGAUUUCAUCUCAUUCUGAAAGAUUCGCCGAUGACCAGGCUAGUGCAAUUCAUAUUUCUCAAUCACUGGAAGUCACAUCAAAAGCAGUGCCCAUUUAUGAAGAAGUUAAUGAUAAUGUGAAGUCUCUAACUGAGAAAUUGUCUGCUGCUCUUAUGAACAUUAAUGCGAAAGAAGACUUAGUAAAGCAGCAUGCUAAAGUUGCAGAAGAAGCUGUCUCAGGCUGGGAGAAAGCUGAAAAGGAUGUGUUAGCUUUGAAGCAACAGCUUGAUGCUGCUAUGAAGAAAAAUGCAGCCCUUGAAGAUAGAGUUGGUCAUCUUGAUGGGGCACUCAAGGAAUGUGUCAGACAACUUAGACAAGCAAGGGAAGAGCAAGAGAAAAAAAUCCAUGAAACUGUUACCAAGAAAUGUCAUGAAUGGGAAUCUUCUAAGUCAGAGCUUGAGAGUCAGCUUCUGGGUCUCAAGGCCCAACUUAAAACCACAAAAAGUGGGACUACUGCCUCAGCUGAUCCUGAUCUUCAUCCAAAGCUUGAGGAAAUUGAGAAAGAGAAUUCAGCUCUUAAACUACAGCUCCUUUCUCGAGCUGAGGAGCUAGAACUUAGGAUUAUUGAGAGGGACCUGAGCACCCAAGCAGCUGAAACUGCCAGCAAACAACAUUUGGAGAGCAUAAAGAAGUUGGCUAAGCUUGAAGCUGAGUGUUGCAGGCUAAAAGCCAUUGCUCGUAAAGCAUCCUCUGCUAAUGAUCAGAAAUCUUUCACUGCCUCCUCAAUUUGUGUUGAAUCUUUUACAGAUAGCCAAUCAGAAGGUGGGGAGGGGCUACUUGCAGUUGAAACUAAUACACACAAGAUGACUGGGUUGGAGAUGAAUGAAUGCGAGACAAGCCGCUCAGAUGCAUGGGCAUCUGCCCUAAUUACAGAACUUGAUCAAUUUAGGAAUGAGAAGGCUUUUGGAAGAAACAUCAUGGCUCCAUCAGUAGAAAUCAAUCUCAUGGAUGAUUUUCUUGAAAUGGAAAGGCUUGCAGCUUUGCCUGAUAUAGAAAGUGGAAGUGGUUUUAAUGAGGCUGGUCCCAUAUCUGAUCAAACCAGUACAGUUGAAAACCCAUUAAAGGCUGAUCUUGAAACCUCUAUCCACCGGAUUGCUGAACUAGAGGAGAAGCUAGCAAUGGCGGAAGAAAAAAAGUUCGAAUUGCAGAUGGCUUUCACUGAAUCUCAAAAGCAGCUUAAAACAUUGCAGAAUCAACUAAGGGACGCAGAUACAAAGUUGGUAGAUGUGCAAACUCAAUUAGCUCUUGCUGACAACUCAAUACAAGUUGCAGAGGAAGAAGCAAAAGUUGCAAACAUGAAUAGAGAACUGGUGGAAUCAAGACUUAAAGAUGCUGAAAUUGAAAGAAAAACUUUAAUGUCCAAAGUUACUUCCUUAGAAGAAGAGGUUGAAAAUGAACAAGCAUUAUCUGCUGAAAACAUGACCAAGUGCAAAAAAUUGGAGGAUGAACUUUCAAAUUUGAAAUGUCAAGCCAAGCUCCAACAUGAGGCAGAGCUCCAGCAUGUGGCAAGUUAUAAUGAAGAGUUGAAGGUGCAGCAGGACAAGGAGCUAGCAAUCGCUGCCAGUAAACUUGCAGAAUGCCAAAAGACAAUUGCUUCUCUCGGCCAGCAGUUGAAAUCUCUUGCUACACUGGAAGAUUUCCUGAUUGACUCUGAUAAGCCACUGGAGCUUGCGGAUGGAGGAUUGCAGUGUCCAAAAAGUGGUGAGGAACAACUGAAACUGGGUUCUAUUGAUAUGGAUUUUUCAAAGAGAGGCUCUGAGUCUUCUAAAAUUGUUGGCGAGUAUGUUAAAUAUUCAGAGAAUGGCAAUGCUAUGGAGUCAACUUUAACAUUUAAACCAGUUAUUGCCUUUGACAAAAGUCGAACUGGUUUGGGGAAAAUUUUCCCACAAAGCAGGAGUGGGAAACAGGUUUGAGUAUCUGUUGUCAGUCAUUUGUUUUUAGACCAAAAUCAUUUGACUUAAAAUUUGUGAAUCAACAGGUUUAUCUAAAUACAUGAGUACUCAGGACGAACAGAAAUUAUUGAAAGAAAAAGUAGUACAACCAUAUCAUUCUUUUCCAUGUUUUUACUUGCCCAGCAAUUUUAAAUUUCAUACUUAAUAUUUGAUUGCA